AUGUUGUUUUCUACCAAAAUCGUGGCUCUGUUGGUGCUGGCCGCUGCAGCUGCAGACCCUCUUUGGCUUGACAAAAUACUUCAUGCAGACUUCAGCAGUCUGCAGCUGAGCGCCAACCAGUGUGUCCAGCUGUGUGUCAGACGCAGCUGUCUGUACGUGGUGCACGAUGCAGAACAUGGAUGUCAGAUGGUGACAGGAGGUGCCGCGCUGGCGACCCCUAACAGUCUCCUGCUGCGCUGCUGCUUCCAGGCGCCUCUCGUCAACGUGGCACUCGGCAAACCAACCCGCGCGUCCAGCGUGUUAAACUCGUUCCUGCCCGGACAUUCAAAUGACGGAGUUUUUUUGAAUUCAUCAAAUUUCUUCUCCUCACUGAAUGAGAUUCGCGCUUUCCUUGUCAUCGACUUGCAACAGGAAUAUGCCAUCGAAGCGGUGGCCCUCAUGCCUAGGCUUAAAAAUUUCGGAUCAAAUCGUUUCAAGUACAUCGAGAUUCGCGCAGGGCUGACCAAUGUUACUGGCCCAGACUUCAGCUCGUACACGCUACUGGCGCUGUUCCCUGGACCUGCUCCCGACCCAGGGAUCUGGGUCACCAAAAACCUCACCACCCCGGUACUGGGUCGCUUCAUCAGCCUUCAGAGGACUGCAGUCCUUGCAGACUACCUAGAAGCCGCCGAGCUGAUGGUCUACAGCAGACCAUAA